AAAACCAUUUCCUAGUAUGGACUGAACGGUCUGCGCCAAACAGCGAGAAAGAAAAAAAAACCAUUUCGCGAUAAAACGAAAACACUACAGCAAUAAUUUAUGGAAACAGUUCGGGUUCACAGGUUUUCUGUUGAAUAAAACGGCGUGUUUCAGUGAGCAUAACAUUAGAAGCAUAGUCCAGGAUGACUAAAACACGCUUCAAUACUUACGACGUGGUUUGCUCGGUGACGGAGCUCCAAAGGCUCGUGGGCAUGCGAGUGAACCAAAUAUACGACAUCGAUAACAAAACCUAUCUGAUCCGGCUGGUGCGAAACGAGGAAAAAAUCGUUCUAUUGUUGGAGUCGGGCAACCGGUUUCACACGACAGCCUUUGAGUGGCCUAAAAAUGUGGCCCCAUCUGGUUUUACCAUGAAGCUGCGGAAACAUCUAAAAAACAAACGUUUGGAAAGCAUGCGACAGCUUGGUGUGGAUCGUAUCGUUGACUUCCAGUUCGGCACUGGAGAAGCUGCUUACCACAUCAUACUUGAGCUGUACGAUCGAGGCAACAUUUUGCUGACCGAUUGUGAUUUAAAAAUACUGAACAUUUUGCGACCGCAUGUCGAGGGCGAGGAGUUGCGCUUUGCAGUACGGGAGAGAUAUCCGACCGAUCGAGCUAAAGAAGAUAGCGGUCCGCCUCCUAUGGAAAAAGUGAAAGAAGCCAUCACUAAGGCUCAUCCUGGGGACAGCUUAAGAACGGCGUUAAAUCCUAUCUUAGAGUACGGAGCAUCUGUUAUUGAUCACGUGCUGCAUAAAUAUAAUCUUUUUGGAUGUCGGAUUGGUGGAGAAGUUCCAAGUGAAGCGGUAGGGGAGGUGAGCAAGAAGGCUAAACGAAAGCAGAAGGCGGCAGCUAAGGAAUUUUCAAAAGUGUUCGACAUAGACAAAGAUAUGACUGCACUGAUGUGUGCAAUCAACGAUGCGGAAACCAUGCUGCGUACCGCAAUGACACAGCCUUCUAAAGGUUUUAUCAUACAGAAAAGAGAAUUGAAACCAGCUAAAGAAGGGGAACCGGAAGAAUACUAUUUUACGAAUUUAGAAUAUCAUCCGUAUUUGUACAACCAGCACAAGGAUGAUCCGGUUAAAGAGUUUGACAGUUUCGCUGCCUCCGUUGAUGAGUUCUAUUCCACUCUGGAGAGCCAAAAGAUUGAUCUAAAAGCUUUUGCUCAAGAACGAGAAGCCCUUAAAAAGCUGUCGAACGUGAAAACAGAUCACGCUAAACGGCUAGAGGAACUAUUGAAGGUACAGCUAGAGGAUAGAAAGCGUGCUGAGUUAAUAUCGAGAAAUCAGAAUCUUGUUGAUAGCGCAUUGCUGGCCAUUCAAAGCGCGCUAGCCGCGCAAAUGUCCUGGACGGAUAUUCAGGAUUUAGUGAAGGCAGCUCAGGCCAAUAAUGAUCCGGUUGCCUCGUGUAUCAAACAACUCAAGCUGGAGAUCAAUCAUAUUUCGUUAUUCUUGAAAGAUCCGUAUGCUGUACUAGAUGAAGAGGAUGAAGACGAGGAGGACCGAGAGGACGAUGAGGAAAAAUUGCAACCUAUGGUCGUGGAUGUUGAUUUAGCUUUAACGGCUUUCGCCAACGCACGGCGGUACUAUGACCAACGUCGGUUCGCUGCUCGCAAGGAGCAGAAAACGAUCGAAUCUUCCUCAAAAGCUCUGAAAAAUGCCGAGAAAAAAACAAUCCAAACGCUGAAAGAUGUUCGUACGCAGACAACGAUUUCCAAGGCGAGGAAGGUGUUUUGGUUUGAAAAGUUUUACUGGUUUAUUAGUUCGGAAAACUAUUUGGUUAUUGGAGGUCGAGACCAGCAGCAGAACGAACUGAUUGUGAAACGUUACAUGAGAGCUACGGACAUUUAUGUGCACGCAGAGAUUCAAGGAGCUUCGAGUGUUGUAAUCAAAAACCCCUCUGGAGAAGAUAUUCCCCCUAAAACACUGCUUGAAGCUGGAACAAUGGCUAUUUCGUACAGCGUUGCUUGGGAUGCUAAAGUAGUUACCAGUGCAUACUGGGUAAAGAGUGAACAGGUUAGUAAGACAGCUCCGACUGGAGAGUAUCUGACAACUGGAAGUUUUAUGAUUAGAGGGAAGAAAAACUUUUUACCACCUUGCCAUCUGGUACUGGGAUUAAGUUUUAUGUUCAAACUAGAGGAAAGUUCUGUUGAACGACAUAAAGGCGAAAGAAGAGUGCGAAACUUUGACGACGAAUCAGUCAUCAGUAAAGACGACAGAUCAGAGGUCUCCGAAGCUGUAGACGAGGAGGUUCAUCUUGAGGAAGGAGAUUCCGAUAACGAUGAAACAGAGGAAAAGCAAAUAGCAGAAAAGGUGGAUGAAAUCGACGAAGUUCAUGAACAAGUAGAGUCCCUUUCUUUAAAAAACGAAGAGGAUCAAAGCAACGAUGACCAGAAAACGGACUCCGACAGCGACAAUACGGAUACACCUAAAUUUCCCGAUACGCAAGUGAUGGUGGAACAUAACACAGGAAAAGUGUCAGUUCAGCCUGAUCCUGUACUGCAGCGUCUUACAUCUCAGCCUGAUCCGGAAUCUGUUAUCUUCCUCGGUGACAACAAACCGUACAUCAUCACUCCAGCUCCACCUCGUAAAAAGCAAGUUCAAAAGAGCAAACAAAAGGCUAAGGAAAAGGAAAAAGCUCGCGAAGAGGCGUCCGCUGCUCGCAGCAAACAAAAAGAUGACCCUCAAAAGCAAGGUCAACUGAAACGAGGUCAGCGAAAUAAGAUGCGAAAGAUAAAAGAAAAGUAUAAGGAUCAGGAUGAAGAGGAGCGCAAACUGAUGAUGGACAUCCUGAAAUCGGCUGGUAAUAACAAAACCAGCAAUAAAGAAGAUCCAUCGACGGAUGAACAGAAAAAGAUCCCAGGUAAAAAGCCUACUCCUAAACCUAAGGUUGGAGAAGCCGAUGAGAUGGGCGACGACACUCCAGCAGCCGCGGAUGUCGACAUGCUCGACUCGCUAACAGGGCAACCGAUGGAAGAGGACGAACUUUUGUUCGCAAUUCCAGUUAUUGCCCCGUAUCAAUCGCUGCUGCACUACAAGUUCAAGGUUAAACUAACACCCGGUACAGGCAAGCGCGGCAAAGCAAGCAAAACCGCAUUGCAAAUUUUCUUGAAAGACAAACAGUGCAGCAACAGAGAAAAGGAUUUGCUGAAGGCGGUCAAGGACGAGGUGCUCGCCAGGAACAUUCCUGGUAAAGUGAAGCUUUCCGCACCGCAGUUGCAGAAGGUUAGGAAAUAGCAUUGCGGCUUUAAAAUUGUACACUGCUGCUGGUUUGUUAAAAAUAUAUUAUUGUCAAUACAAUAGAAAAUAUGUAUAUAAUUUCAAUCAAUUAUCGAUUGUCCCUCUGGAAAUGUAUCCGGUUAAUUUUAAACAAAGCUUAAAAAUCGAAGAGCUAAAAAGUGUUAU